CCAACAUGGCGGCGCUGACAUGAAAACAUACCACCCUUGGCACAUGAGUAAAGUCAUGUUUUAAAGUUAUCUCAAUGUCACAUAAACAGCAUGUAAGGCAUAAAUAGGUUACAUUUUCACUACAGUCAUGGCGGAAUUAAUUUGACUACGACUCGUAUUUAAAUUGGCGUGUCAUGGGCUGUGCAUAUUUUCGUAAGUUCAAAACAAACACAACUAUCCAGUGGUUCCCUAUUUCCACUGUACUAAAUACGUUUUUUCCAUUCCCCGAAUGAGUGAAGCUGAAGGAUUGAUGGUCUUUGUAAAUACCAUUGGCCUAGCACUGUUCAUGCUAAUUGUCCUGUAUCACUGGACAACGAUUGCAAAUCGAGGUGGUUUUUACACAGAAGAAAACAUUUACGAUGCAAGACCGAGGCGAAAUUUCAACAACCAAGGCAGGAGGCACGUGUUCACAAGGACGUCUUGCUCAGAGUGAAGUCCAGAUGUAACCCAACCAGGAGUCUGUUAUGUUACUUAACAUUUGGAGACCCAACACAAUUAUUUUCUGGCACACUCUUGGCUUUAUCCGAAAACAAUUGGCUUGAGUAAAGUGCUAGAUCAAUCUUCGAAUACUGUGGAUAAUUUGGAGCAAACUACAGUUUACAUACGUCCUUCCGUAAACCUAAGAUUAUCGAUAUAAAAUGACCCUGGCGAAAGCUACAGUCAAGGUUGUCAACUUGGGCCGGAUCUCCUACGGCCGUGCUUUACAGAUCCAACAGCGAUGUGUCAGGCAACGUUUGGAUACUUCAUCCGAGCUUGCGAAUAUCUUGCUGCUGUGCGAGCACGAGCCAGUCUACACCAUUGGAAUACGACAGAAGUUGUAUUCUGCAGAGGAAGAACUCAGACUGAAGAACCUGGGGGCAGAAUUCUUCCGUACUAAUCGCGGAGGACUCAUAACGUUCCAUGGGCCUGGACAGUUGGUGUGUUAUCCCAUUCUAAAUCUGGGCUGCUUUAAAAAGAGUGUCCGGUGGUACGUUUGUGAACUGGAAAGGACCGUCAUCGGUUUGUGUCGUAAGUUUGGGAUCAAAGCGUCCACAUCCCCGGACACUGGAGUGUGGGUAGGAGAGAACAAGAUUUGUGCUCUGGGAAUCAACUGCCGAAUGUACAUCACGUCUCACGGCUUGGCACUGAACUGCAACACAGAUAUGCGGUGGUUUGACAAUAUUGUGCCAUGUGGGAUUGUGGGCAAAGGAGUCACUUCCCUAAGCCAAGAACUCGGACGAGAAGUUACUGUUCCUGAAGCCAUCCCACCUCUACUGGAAACGUUUGCUGAACAAUUUAACUGCAGUUUGACAUUUGAAGAUGGAGACAUUAACAAUAUCAUUGUCAAUGACAGCCCAGUUAGGCUAUAGAUACAUAGCUACCAAUCUAGCUACUUUGUAAAUUGAAAAUUUAUUUAUUUAUUUUUAUGCAUUGU